UCGGCUCCACCAUGUUGUAGGAAACGCAGCGCUGCUCCUCUCCUCACUCACUGUCAGAUUACAGCUUAAUCCGAGGAGGAGGAGGAGGAGGAGGAGGAGGAGGAGGAUACGCUGUCAGGACGCUGUGUGCAUCUUGGAAGGACUCUCUGUGUUUAUGCAGACUAAAUGAACGCGACUUUACGAGCUGCGGUGCUUUUUCUCCACAACAACCGGCCUGCACACAGAAGAUGAACCGUCAGUCUGCUGCUGUCUCUGCCUAUCCGCCGACCUGCCAACACGCUAACAUGUUAGCUGGCUAACUAGCUGAAAAAGAGUAACUAAAUCGGAUUAGCUGCAAACGGCAGCCUCCCUCUAGCUAAUAUCCAGGUUAUUAUGUGCUGUACCUGACAACUAUCACGCAGCAAAGUCGCCUUUUAUUUAUUAGCAUUGCAUUUCUACAUUUAGGUCAACAUUAUACUACUCUUUGCUGUGAAUUAUUCGCUAGCAUUAAUGUUGCAGCAAGCUAGCUAGUCAAAGCCUCAACAAGAGCAGAAGCUCAUCCACCAGCUGACCUUUAGUGUUUGUUGGGAACAUAAAACUGGUGCCUCCGACCCCAGCCGAGAGUCAGGACGGAGCUGACGGACACACGGAUGCGCUAGCUGGGAAGAGAGCUGUACGAGAUUUGAACCGAGAAAUUAGCCUUCAGACAAAGCAGAGAUGUCUGGAAAGGAUAAAGACAAACAGGAUAAACAGUCCACAACGGAGCGGCUGGUAAAAGCUGUGCCAUACCCUCCACAACAUAAGCUGACUAUGAAAGAGCUAUUUGAAGAUGGCAAGCCUAAUGCUGAGCUGCUCCGCAAUCACCUCGUCAAGGAGGGCAGGGUGGAAGAGGAAGUGGCUCUAAGGAUCAUCAAUGACGGGGCCAACAUCCUCCGCCAAGAGAAGUGCAUGCUGGAAGUGGAGGCGCCUAUAACAGUGUGCGGUGAUGUCCACGGGCAGUUCUUUGACCUGAUGAAGCUGUUUGAAGUGGGGGGGUCGCCCAGCACCACGCGGUAUCUCUUCCUCGGUGACUACGUAGAUCGAGGAUACUUCAGUAUUGAGUGUGUUCUCUACCUCUGGUCGCUCAAGAUCAACCACCCCACCACACUCUUCCUCCUGCGAGGGAACCACGAGUGCCGGCACUCACAGAGUACUUUCACCUUCAAACAGGAAUGUAAAAUUAAAUACUCUGAGCGGGUGUAUGACUCGUGUAUGGAGGCCUUUGACUGCCUGCCCCUCGCCGCGCUGCUCAACCAACAGUUCCUGUGUGUACACGGCGGACUCUCACCAGAAAUCAACUGCCUAGAUGACAUAAGGAAAUUAGACCGGUUUAAAGAGCCUCCAGCGUUCGGGCCUAUGUGUGACCUGAUCUGGGCGGAUCCUGGUGAGGACUACGGCAGUGAAAAGACAACUGAACACUUCAACCAUAACUCCGUCAGAGGCUGCUCCUACUUUUUCAGUUACUCAGCAGUCUGUGACUUUUUGGUAAAUAAUAACUUGCUGUCAGUAAUAAGAGCCCAUGAAGCACAGGAUGCAGGGUAUCGGAUGUACAGAAAAAGCCAGACGACAGGCUUCCCUUCAUUAAUCACAAUCUUCUCAGCUCCAAAUUACUUAGAUGUCUACAACAACAAAGCUGCUGUAUUAAAAUAUGAGAACAAUGUGAUGAACAUCCGACAGUUCAACUGCUCCCCCCACCCUUACUGGUUGCCCAACUUUAUGGAUGUCUUCACAUGGUCUUUGCCUUUUGUUGGAGAGAAAGUGACGGAGAUGUUGGUGAACGUACUGAACAUUUGCUCUGAUGAUGAGCUCAUGUCAGAGGGAGACGACCUGUAUGAAGGUGGCACCUCAGCGAUGCGUAAGGAAGUCAUCCGGAACAAGAUUCGCGCUGUGGGGAAAAUGGCCCGAGUCUUCUCAGUCCUCAGGGAGGAAAGUGAGAGCGUGUUAACACUCAAAGGCCUGACCCCAACUGGAACUCUUCCUGUGGGAGUGCUGUCAGGCGGGAAGCAGACCUUAGAGAACGCUACCAUUGAGGCAGCUAAAGCACAAGCCAUUCAAGGCUUCUCUCCCACGAGGAAGAUUCGUAACUUCGAGGAGGCGCGCGGCCUGGACAGGAUAAACGAGAGGAUGCCGCCUCGCAAAGACGGCCAGCAGCCAGACGGCACCACGGUCAACACCAACACCCCCAACAAGAACGGCACUGAUGGAUAGGCGACAGAAACAGCACCCUGUCAUCUUCACAUAACCCACACUCCCCUGACUCAUACCCCCCCCCCCCCCCCCCCCCCCCGACCUUUCUGUCUCUCUCUCUCUGCCUGUCCAUCUUCUGCUCGCCCACAGUUGGGCGGGAAAGGAAGUGGACACAUUGUUAGAUAAAAACAAAAGGAGGCCACAGCGCUGGGAAAACACUUCCAGCUGCUGAAAAAAGACAAAACGUAUGAUGUGAUUAUCUGGGGAAAAAUCAUAUCUUAUUUAUUAAAGGAAUUAUAUUAGAUAUAUUGUGUAAUAGCAACAAAUCAUUGAAUGAAGACAUUUUGCAGUUGUUCAAAUGUAUACUGUACACUGAAGUCCUAACUUAUACAUGUCAAAGUUAUUAAAAAAAAAAAAGGAGAAUUUUUUAAAUUUGAGUUGAUACAAAUAGAUGAAGCCCUUGUUAUCCAGGAGUUUUAGUCACUUUAAGUUUUUUUUAAAUUGUUGUUCUCCAUGUGUUUGCUAAGGGAAAAACUGAAGUACAAAUAUCGUAGAAACACCUCAUUUGGAUCUUGCAAGAUAUCAGGUGAGGUUCUACAUACAGUGCAGUGUUUGCUUAUAUAUGUGUGUCAGUUGAAAGAUAAAUUAUAUAUAUAUAUUGAAAGGUGAAAAAAGAAUAAGGGAAUUAAAUUAUAUCAGACCAAUGAUUGCAAAUUAAUAUUUUAUACCUUAAGCAGAAAUUUAAUGAAGACUUUAUAGUCUUAUUUAUAAAUUUUCCACAAAACUUUGAUGAACCCCAAAGAUGCUCGAUGGAUAUUUCUUCAGUAUUUUGUUCACUUUCAGAGUAACAACUACAAUAAUUAUAAUAAUAAUAAUAACUCUUCCUGUAUUAUAAUUUGUGAGUGAAACGGUUAAAAUGAAGGAUUUAUGCUUUGUGUGCAAUGAUAGUUGCUGUCAUACCUGUCUGGUAUGACUUGUGUUCACUUGAUGGCAGCUAGGAUGUUAUUGCUCCGCUAAACCAAAAAAAAAGGGAUAUAGAAUACAGCGUGUACUACGACCAGAACCAUCAAUACUCCCACAUCCUGGUGGGAAGCACUGAAGUUGAGCUGACCUCUCUGGGGUUGUGCAUGAAGAUUACAUCAUGACAAACCAACUGACACAAAACUACGAAAGACGAACGUUCUCUCUGCGGUUAUCCGUAUGGACAAGAGAGGACAUAUUUCCUUACAAAGCAGAGGAACUGCUGGCUUUACUGUCCUCAAAACAGACUGAUGUUCAUCAUUGCUUGGGAGUUUUUAGUAUAUUUAACAGAAUUAUGGCGGUUUUAUUGUCAAACACUAAAAAAAAAACAAAAAAAAAAAAAACAGGUGUGCUUUCGGGGCUUUACUUUGUUUCUUUACUAAAGCUGUAUCAGUGUCUCCAUCUACUGUUGGUUAUACAGUAUGCAGAUGAUGUUGAAUUGUGAUGUGAUCAAAUAAGGGAAACAUUUAACAUUCAGUUAAAUGACAGAAUGGACAGAGUCAUUUCGUUCGGCAGGGAUGAUACUAUAAAAGGUACCGCCACCACACUAACAGCUGUUUAUCAAGGCCUAACAGUACUGUAAUCAUCUCAACCAUGGCUGACUCAUAUAUACAGGAUAUUAUUUUUACAACUCAUGCUCAUACCAGGAUGGGGACCCUCCUCUUCCCAGGCACCUCCCAACCUUUUAAAACCUGCUUUUUCUAGAACAACUUAACUGGUGCUUUGACACACCCGACUGUAAAUCUGUUGUCCUCUUGUCACGGAGGAAAGGAGGGGGAAAUAAGCUUUAAGAUUUGCUAUUCUCUUGUGAAUUUGCUUUUUUUUUUUUUUUUUUUUUUAAUUAAAAA